AUGAUCCAUCGUGGUGCCAUCACACCACGAAUCCACGAUGAUGCUGACGCCCGUUUCCUCUCCGGCGGAUAUCUGCGGGAGACGGGUUCAGUGGUUGCUGACGGCGUGCGACUAAUUCCCUUCAGCUGCCUGGCCGCUUUGAAGGAAGGGUCCAUUAGCCCCAAACCCUAUAGUCUUCUGCUUCUAUGCGGACCACUACGGGUAGUAGAACGAGUCGCGCUCUCGCAUCUCGCAUCUUCUCUCACCCGCCCACCUCUACUUCUUUACUUCUUUACUUCCGUAGAAUGCAGAGCAAUCCCUGACUCUAAGUUGACCAAACCUUCUGUUUGCUCUGACUAUGAAAUGGCCUCUACUACUAUCAAAAUCGCGGACUCGACUCCCCCAACCAAAUCAAGCGCAAGUACUAGCACAGGCAUCGGCGGCGUCUUUCCUCUCCGAGCCCGCUCCUUCGAUAGGCGCAGCCUCCGAUCAAAUGAUCAUGAACGACAAGGAGCUGAAGACGAGGACUCGGGCCUGCGUAGACCCGGUGAUUAUAAACAGAAACAGGUUUUCAGAGGGAAGUACUUGGUAUGGCUAGCCUACCAAUCAGUCGGUGUGAUUUACGGCGAUAUUGGAACAAGUCCGCUCUAUGUGUUUUCAUCUACCUUUAGCACUGAGCCAUCUUACCGUGACCUUAUUGGAGUAUUAUCCAUAGUUAUUUGGUCCUUGACGAUGAUGGUCACGGUGAAAUAUGCUCUCAUCAUAUUACAUGCUGAUAACGAGGGUGAAGGUGGAACCUUCAGCACUUACUCUCUUCUAUCCAGAUACGCCAAUAUCACGAAGCGUGACCCUCGCGAGGCUUCCCUUGUCAAGAUGGAGCGGCAUCUAACAGGGGAUCUCUAUCGCGCAAAUCAAAAAGUUCGCUCGGGGAUUGAACAAAGUACUUUUGCUAGAGGUCUCCUCAAGACUAUCGGGGUUCUUGCUGUAUCUAUGGUCAUGGCUGACGGGGUCUUGACCCCGGCCCAGUCCGUCCUAGGAGCUGUUCAAGGACUCGACGUCGUCAAACCCGACAUCACCAGCGCAAUCGUUACUGGAACCACGUGUGGUAUCCUUAUUUUGCUCUUCUUGAUUCAGCCAUUUGGUACGACCAAGUUAGCAUCAUCAUUUGCCCCAAUUGUCAUAAUUUGGCUUUGUUUUAAUGCUGGCUUCGGUAUCUACAACCUCGUGAAAUUCGACCACUCAGUUCUCAAGGCCUUCAACCCUGCAUACGCCUUUGAUUUCAUGGUACGUCGUAAGACUGAGGGAUGGAGAAUGUUAGGAGGCGUUCUCUUAGCCUUCACCGGGGUCGAAGCUCUCUUCGCAGACUUAGGGGCAUUCAGUCGCAGAGCCAUCCAACUCAGCUGGUUCUGCCUUGUUUUUCCAUGUCUACUAUUGGCCUAUGUUGGCCAAGCUGCAUAUAUAUCUCGCCACCCAGGCGCCUAUACAAAUCCGUUUUACAACGCCGUGCCUCCGGGGAUGAUCUACCCAUCCUUGAUAAUUGCUAUAUUGGCUGCGAUUGUAGCCUCACAGGCAAUUAUAACGGCAACGUUUCAGCUCAUGUCUCAGGUCAUGAAACUUUCGUACUUUCCGCAAAUAAAAGUUGUUCAUACCUCCAUGACCUUCCAAGGACAGCUUUACGUCCCUCUCAUAAACUGGUUGCUCAUGAUUGGCACUGUUCUUGCUGCUGCUAUCGCACGAAAUACCACAACUCUCGGGAAUGCAUAUGGUGUCUGUGUCAUGUUUGUUACAUUCUUUGACACCUGCAUGGUAUCGCUCACAGCCUUGAUCGUGUGGAGGUUCAGUCCAUACUUAGUCUUCUUUCCAUGGCUGCUCAUUGCAUGUCUCGAUGGCCUUUACCUAUCCUCGGCCCUUGAAAAGGUGCCCGAGGGCGCAUGGUUUACUUUAACCCUCGCUAGUGUCCUGGCUGGUAUAUUAAUUCUCUGGCGAUUUGGGAAGGAGCAGCAAUGGCAAGCUGAGGCAUCUGACCGUUUCCCGACGACCCAUCUAGUAACAUCAGAUAAAAACGGCUCUCUUCGACUAACUUCUAGUUUCGGUGGCGAUACUUUGACCACCACCCAAGGCCUGGGGAUCUUCUUUGAUAAAGCGGGGGAAACGACGCCGACCGUCUUCACUCAAUUCCUGAGUAAACUCGUGGCAGCUCCUGAGAUAAUGGUGUUCUUUCAUCUUCGGCCACUCGAGACGCCAUCUAUAGCACCAGAAGACCGAUACACUGUGUCCCGACUCGCGAUUCCAAAUUGUUACCGCCUUAUCGUUCGCCAUGGCUACAUGGACGAAGUCAUCAGCCCUGACCUCGCCUCUCUCAUCUGCCAACAAAUCAGUGAUUUUCUGACCAGAUCGGCAGCACCAGUUCCUAUACGCCAAGUUAACUUCACCUCGCCAACUUCCCCUGGUCAGACCACAAACGUAGAACACUCAAGCACCGGCUCUUCAACAUCCCCUACCGAUGCAGAAAAGGAAUCACAGAGAAGGCAGGAAAAGCUGACCGUGGAUCUAGCUAAACUCGACCAGGCCUUCAACAAAAGAGUCCUGUAUAUUAUCGGCAAAGAACAGAUGAAAAUCAAACCUGGGACUAGAAUUUUGCGUAAAAUUCCCCUCGCGGCUUUUCUGUGGAUUCGAGAGAAUACUCGCACUAAGAUUGCGAAUUUGAGGGUUCCAACUGAUAGAGUUGUCGAGGUUGGUUUUGUUAAGGAGGUUUAG